UGAUUAAUGAACAAAUUUAUCAUUAUGAUCAAUAUAAUUUAAAUGAAUCAUUAUCAUUAUUAUUAUUGAAUAAUUCUUCGAUUAAUUCAACAGAAUUAUUAAUUCAAAUUAUACAAAAUAUAUUAAAACAAAGUAAUUUACCUAAAUCAUUUCAAGUAUGGAAUAUAAAGAGUCCAUUAUUUGAAAAAUUUAUUGCAGAUCAAAGUUUUAAACAUUUACUUCAUUGUAUACCAACACCUAUAGAAUCAUCACUUUUAAACUUGAACAAUUUACAAAAGAUAUCAGAAACCAUAGGAUCUAUUCAAAAUGAUUAUUCAAAAAUGUUCAAUUUAAAACGAGAUGAAUCUAAACAACAACAACAACAACAACAACAAUCGAAAACUUAUUCUAAACAAGAUUCUCUAUUUGAUUCACAAUUUAAACAAAAUCAAACAGUUUGUUUAGUUGAUAUGAGAUCAUAUAUAACACAAAUUGCUUAUUUACAAAAUUUUCUACGUAAAUCAUGUAAAACUAUUGAUUGGUACAAAUUAUCAAUGCAUCAUAUAAUUCAUGAUGUUACUAAUAAAGAACAUAAUCAUGACCUUGAAGAGGAUGAACAUGGAUGUCGUGGAUGAACAUGGAUGUCGUGACCUUGAAAAUAAUUUAAAUAAACAAUUGUUUAUUAAUGAAUGGUCAAUGAUAUGGAAUAAAUUAUCAAAAAAAAAUUUGAAAAAAUCUAAUAAACAAACAAUAAUACAUAAUAUGAAUACAAAAUAUCAAUUAACCGGUAAAUAUGAAACAUUAUCAAUACAAUUUAUUCAAUAUUGUUUUAAUGGAUUAUUUGAUGAAGUUAGGAAUUUAUUACAAAUUGAAAACCAAACAAAUAUGAAUCAAUAUUGUAUUGAUCCAAAUGUUACUGAUAAUUAUGGACAAUUUGGUUUAUUAGGUGCUGUGUUAACAUGGAAUAUGAAAUUAGUGAAUCUCUUAUUGGAUUUUGGUGCAAAUAUUAAUCAAUUAACUGAUGAUGGUUUAACAGUUUUUACAAUCUGUUUAUUAAAAUAUUAUGAAUUAUUUAAAGAAAUUAUAAAUUUAAAAAAUGAUCGAAAUGAUCAAUUUAGUGAAGGAGAUCAAGGAUCAUUAGAUCAAAAUGGAAAUAAUCAAUCGGAACAAGAACAUUAUCAACAACAACAACAACAACAACAGAGACAAUACGAACCAGAUCAUAUAUUGCCAAUCAUUACGAAAAGAAUAAAGAUGAAUGAUAAAAUGAUUGAUUCAACAAAUGAUAAUGAAGAUUAUAAUGAGAAGAAAGAAUCAGAUUUAAAUAAAUCACCAUCAUCUUUACAUUUUGGCAGGAAUUAUAUUUAUCGUGUUGAAUUACCUGUAUUAUUAUCGACAACAUCUUCAGAGAGUAUGGUCACGUUACGGCGUAAUGCUAGACUGUCACAAAUACGUAGAAUGCAUUUAAAUAAAAUUAAAGAACGUCGUUCACUUAUUGCAAAAUCAAAUGAAAUAAGAAGAUCUACACAACAAUCACCUGAAAUAAAAAAUGAUUUGAUUACUACAACUCAAUCAGUUUUACCUACUUUUCAACGUUUUACAAAUUGUUUAACUCGUUUUAACUCUAUAAAAGAAUUACGUAAUGAAGAUAAUCCUAUUAAUUCACCAUUGAAAGAUAAUAAAAUGAGUCCAACUUCAUCAUCAAAAUCUAUGUAUGCUGAGAAUCGUAAGAAUAGACCCAAAACUAUCUCGAUAGACCAAAGAAAUAAAAAGGCAAUGAUUGAUAUCAUUUCUAAUAAAGCUGCAUUCAAUCAACCUUAUAGAAUAAAAUCACCAUUAUUAAGAGAAGUAGCUGCUCAAGAAUUAUCAAGAAAUCCUUAUUUCUUAGCAUCACAUUCAAUGAAUAGUUCAAUGAUGAAUCAAGUAUUAAAUGAAAAUAAUAAUAAAACACCAGAUAUGGAACAAGUUAAUGAAACACCAGUUAGUAGAAAUUCAUUAGAUCGACAAGCUUUACUUUUAGCAAAACAAAAACAAAUGUUAGAUGUAAUAGAUCUAUUAUUAAAACGUGGAGCAAAUCCAAACACUGGUAUACGACCAUUACCAGCAUUAUUUCUAGCUGUACAAGCUGGUGAUCCUGAUAUGGUUCGUAAAUUAAUUCAACAUGGUGCAGAUGCAAAUAUAUGUUUACGUGUAGAUAGUAUUUCCGAAUCUGAGAAUCCUGUAUUAAAAGGAAUUUAUAUUGAUGAAGAUGAACCACCAUUAAUACCAAGUUUAGAUGGUUUAACUGUUUUACAUUAUGCUGUACUUGUUCCAAAUGAAAUGGGUGUAAAAUUAACAGAAAUUCUAUUAGAAGAUGGUUUAGCUGAUCCAAAUAAACAAGCUACGAUAGAUGACAGUUUCAAAUUAAAAAGUCAAUUCAACACUUCAAUAAUAUCCGGAAAUUCAAGUGAGUUAAAUUCAGGCAAAACAACACCUGAAGAAAAUAGAAUGAAUGAAGGUCGAACUCCAUUACAUUUGGUUUGUUCCCGUGAAUAUGAUUUACUGAAUUCAGCAGUCAUUACAAAAUGCCUUUUAAAGCAUAAUGCUAAUCCAAAUUUAUUGUGUAACGGUCAUUCAGCGCUCAGUGUUGCUAUAGCAACUGGAAAUGAUCCAUGUAUUAAUAUCUUAAUAAAUCAUCAGAAUACAAAUAUUAAUCAACCAUUAGGAGAUGGUUUAGGUUCAGCUCUUUGUAUUGCAUGUUCAAGUUUAUUUGAAUUUAGAAGGCCAAUUGAAUCACGUUUAGAAUUAAUCAAAUGUUUAAUUAAUAAAGGUGGUAUCGACAGUUUUAAAACAUUUGUUUUAUUAAAAUCCAAGGGAAUUUUCGGGAAUGUAAUAGAUUUCACUUAUAUGGAUUAUGCAAAAGAUACAAGAAUUUCUAAAACACCAUAUCAUGCAUUAAAUGAAAUUGAAAAAGAAACUUAUAAUGGAAGAAUGCAAAUAUUAACUUAUUUAGCUAAUCAAUUAAGAGAAUAUGCUUAUUCGAUAGAACAUCUUAUUGAUGAUGAUAAUCACAAUAUUGAACAAAUAAAUUUAGAUCGAAAUGAAGUUAAAGAUAAACAAGACAAUUGUCCUAUUAAAACAUCAUCUUCUAAACCUUCGCGUCAAGAAUCACCCACUUAUCUUAAGAAAAACAGUUGUAUAUCCUAUUCGUUUUGCUAUGAAUGUGGACGUUCUGUUGGUGUACGUCUAACAGUAUGUUCACGCUGUCAUAGAGUAUAUUUUUGUUCCAAAGUUUGUAAAUUAAAAUCAUGGACAAUGCGACAUAAAAACGAAUGUUAUUUAACUCCAGAACUUCAAACUGAACGAGAUCGACGAAGUCCUACAAAAGUUCUACCAAAACUUACAGCAAAUAAACACGUGAGUAAACAUUAAAUUAUUCAAUAACUGAAUUCAUGAAUGAAUUCAACUGAAGCUAGACCAUCAUGAAAAACCUAGAAACACUGGAUGGCCGUUUCAUCCUAGUAUAAGACCCCUCAGCAGUGCGCAUCCACGAUCUCGCUCUGCAAGAAUAAUACCGUUGGAUACCGGCUCAGUAGUCUACAGGUUAAGCAUUCAUGCGCGAGACCGAUAAAUCCUGGGUUAGAUCGUGGAUGCACACUACUGAGGAGUCCCACAUUAGGAUGAAACGACCGUCCAGUUGUUCUAGGUUUUCCAUGGUAGUCUAGCUCCAAUUGACUUAUGAAUUCAACUAAUAAACUACUACAAUAUCCAUAAAACCCCUUUCUGAUCAUAAUCAUAUGCUCACUAAUGGACUGUCUUCAAGAGGUAUUUCUUGGAGUUCUAGUGAGAAGCAAUGACUAGUGGAAUGCAACCCGGUAUGUUGUGGGAUACUAACUCAAUGAAGACAAUAGUGGAUGGUGACACGAUUUUGUGAAUUGGUGGAAGUUAGACAUUAACACCGAUGGAUGCUGGCUCAACGGUCUUCAGGUUAAGCGUCCGCGCAUCAGACCGAUAAGUCCUGGAUUACAAAUCUCGCGGGGCAGGAUCGUGUAUGCGCACUGCUGAGGAGUCCCAUACUAAGAUGAAACAGCCGUCCACUUCUCCUAAACAUUUCAUAAUGUUCUAGCUUUAAUGGACUGAUGAUCACUCAACUAUUAAAAAAAUUACUAAAAUCUCCAUAGAACCUAUCUCUAGUUCUAGCACUGUUACGUUCGUUUUUUUUUCUCUUCUUUUUUUCUUUUCUUUUCUUUUCUCUUCCAUAUUUAUCCAGGAAAAACGUCAACAAUCAAUACAACAACAUAUAAAUCAUACAUUAAAUUGGAAUUUAUUAAAUCAUUUAACAUGUUGUACAAGUAGUGGUGAAUUCAUUGGUAUUUUAUAUCAUCCAAGUUAUUAUUAUCAAUAUAUAUUAAAUCAUUAUUUAAAAAUUAAUGAAAAUGGUCAUAUUAUCAUUGGAAAAUAUAAUGGUAAUGGAAAUUAUAGUCUUAUUUAAUGACAUUAGAUUAAAAAAGAAAAAUUCGAUGAUUUUCUUUUUUUCUUUUCUUUUCUUUUUCCUUUUUCUUUGCUUUUCUUUUCGUUUUUCUUUCUUCAAGUUUUCUUUUUUUGCAAAGGAUUAAGUAUUCCGUUUUGUCUAUUUCUUCCAUUACUUGUUUGUUUGAUUUUAAAGAAGAAAAAAAAAGAGAAAAAACUAAUAAUGACAACAAUCUUAUGUUAAAAUGAAAAGUAUUUUAUUGUACAUUAUGAAAUUUAAGAAGAUUUAUGAAAAUAAUUAAAUUUAUAUCUG